GAAUUUUCAAUGCUUCCUGAAAGCCACUCCGUCUGGAGAGCCGGCAUCACAAACUCCUCUACCGGGCGUCACUUCUGGUUUUUCUCUCAAAGCCUGCAAUCAAGACAUACAAUCUUGUUUUCCUGAGGUCUUUGAGAACGUGGACUUCUUUGGAGCCGACUACAGGACCCUGUUUACAGCCACCUCUGAGGAGUGUCAGAGAACCUGCACUCAGGACCCUGCCUGCCAGUUCUUCACACUUUUAAAUGAGAAUUUUGCAGGAACAAAUGUCAGGUUCAAGUGCCACCUGAAAUUCAGCUGGAAUAUACCAACGAUUCCUGUCAUUGAAAGAAAUACUGGACUUGUAUCAGGAUUUUCCCAGAAAAGACAAGUCACUCAGUUUGAUGCAGCAUGUCAGAGCAAGUUUCUCCUGAACACCGACAUCCCAGGAAGUGAUCUCCUGUCACUGAAGGCCGUCUCUGCUCAACACUGUCAGGUCCUGUGUUCUGCUCACCCACAGUGCACCUACUUCUCUUUUGUCAGUGAUGACUUCAAGUGUUUUUUGAAGAACAACCCAAAUGAAAUGGUGACCGAGGCAAAGGACGGAAUCACAUCAGGGAUGCCAGCACGAUACUGUCAGUUUGAAAACUUUGAAAAGCUGACUUAUGAAGAGGUGGAUUUCAAAGGUUCUGACAUCCGCUUUGAGCUGACGGACGAUGCUGAUGCCUGUCAGAGGAAGUGCACUGAGACUCCUGUCUGCCAGUUCUACACCUACAUCAAUGAAAACUUCUCUGACCAAGCUUUUUGGCGCCACUGCUUUCUGAAGAGUGCCAUCACCAUACCUGUUCCUCCUAAAGUUUCUAAACUGGACAAUGCUGUGUCUGGCUUUACCCUGAGAGACUGUGGCACCACAGUCUCAUAG